AUGCCUCAGCCCACCAACUUUGCGCCCUUCUCGAGCUACUCGUCUCAUCAACAGCAGCAACAGCACCCGCAGCACCCGCAGCACCCUCAGCACCAGCAACAGCAGGCUCAGCAACAACAAGCUCAGCAGCAACAGCAGCACCAACAGCAGCAGGGCCCGCCGCAGCAAGAGUCGUCGCGCGACAACCACACCCACAACCAGACGCUGCCUCCUCUGCACACUCAAGCCGCCAACUUUGGUCAGCUGCCCUCCUUGUACAACGCCUCUGGUAGCCACCCUCAGACCCCCACCAGCGUCCACACGCCUACCACUUCAUCAAUGGGAGCGAACGGUCUGCACGCCUUUUCGCAGCAGCAACAGCAGCACCAAUCGUCGCCGGCGACCACUGGUUCCAUGCUUCCUCCCUCGUCUACAUACAUCCCUUACUCGACAUCGCAAUCUACCCUGCCCCCGGCUUCUACUGCUACGAGUGCUGCCCAGACUCCAGCCCAGGCUCGUCUUCCAGACCUGCGCCCACUUCAGCCUCAGGCUUCGUACAAUGCCGUGUCUACGCUGCCUAGCUUCGGCGCAUCCGGACUUGUGGGCGCCCAGCCAUACAUGCAGAACCACGAGUCAGAACCUACUCAUGUCGUGGGAUCGCAAGGAAGACGUGGCAUCUUGCCCAGUGCACCUGGUCGUGCUGCCGCUCCUACACCCGGUACCGCUGCUGCUGCCACAAGCAAGUCAAUGAUCCCAGCAAAGGAUGCAGAUGGAAAAUUCCCCUGCCCACACUGCAACAAGACAUAUCUCCAUGCCAAACACUUGAAGAGACAUUUAUUGCGCCACCGACCCUACAUGUGCCACCUCUGCAAGGACACAUUCUCACGCAGCGACAUUCUCAAGCGCCAUUUCCAGAAAUGCUCAAUUCGUCGUGGAAAUCCUACAGGCGCAAACCAUCUCGCUCAUCAGCGCAGAAACACCAAUGGUUCUAACCGCAUGUCCAUCAGCAGCACCGAGCCCAUAGCCCUCGCAGGUCUCGCUGAAGCUGCAGGUGUCCCUUAUGCUAACGGAGCCGCCCUGAGUGGUGUUACCAACAGUCCUACCGUUAAUGGAGAAAACUCUUCAUAUGCAUCGAGUGUGGCCUCAAUGUCUAACCGCUCCUCUCGUGCUAACAGCUUGAUCCACCCUGGUGCUAUGACCGCCGAUGGUAGAAGCAGCCUUGCAGGUAUGUAUCCAUGUGGUAAGCCGAACCGUGAGCAAUACUCAAUCGCUUCUGCAGGUUACCCCAAUGGCGUUCCCUACAGCGGCAUGCGCCCUCACUCGGCCUCGAACCCUAUGCCGCCAAGCUAUAGUUUCCAGAUGGCCAACGGUGGCCAGUUCUACCCUUCGAGCGUCAAGACCGAAGAGCAGCCACCAAGCGGCUACACUCAUCAGCCCCCCCCGAUGAGCGAAAACCGCCAACCCAACGGCGUCCCUGACUGGUCCAUGUUCGCACCUCAACAUGCUCACGAUGGCUUCAUGACACAGUCUCAUCCCAGCCAGCCGCAAAUGCCUGUCAAGACCGAGACCGGUAUGGAGGGUCACAGCUACAACUCGUCGAACGAGCACAGCAACGAGCAGCAGUUCUUUGGUGGACUCUACUCACAUCCGUCGGGCUUCGGCGAAGAUUCAGGUGCGCACCACCUGUCUGGUUUUCCAAACUGGAAUAUGGAUCUCGUGCAAAGCGAUCCAUUGCAGGCCAAGGCCAAUGCAUUGCUGACGUACGUACUUUCAAACAGAACAUCCUCAAGCGAUGACGCUUGCGACGAGAUGAGAAAGUGCUUGACUGUCGAAAACAUCAAGCACUUCAUCGAGAAAUUCACCAGCUUCCAGGGUCACUGGCCGAUCAUCCACAUGCCUACUUUCGACAUCCUCAAAGCCAACGAUGGCCUCGUGCUGACCAUCAUCUGUAUCGGUGCCGUCUACUCCGAAAAGCGCGACCUGUAUCAAGUCCGAAGAAUGAUGGAGCUUGUCAAGGACGCUGUCAAGAACGCAUCCAGAGUCCACAACAUCAUUAGGGGUGUCAUCAAAGAAGACAAUUCACCUCUAGGCUCGAUCGAAUCUGACAUUGAAGAGCUUCAAGCUUUGUACAUGCUUAAGGUAUUGUUUUGCUGGCAUGGCACUCCAAGCCAACGUGCAGACGCCAGGAAGAACUUCAACAGCGUUGUCGAAAUUGCCCGACGAAUGGUUCUUUCUCCCGCAGCGCCUGGACAAGCCACCUACAGUGUCCUCCACCAGCCCGGUCCUAUAUCUCAAGACGCCCUUUUAACAUGGAAUUGGUCUUCCUGGAUUGCACAGGAAAGACGCAGCAGAGUCGCCUUUACUCUAUUCUUACUUGACGCCGCUCUUGUCAUGUACUUCAACAACGAGCCGAAAUUUGAUCCGUUUGAGUUCCGCAUACCACUCCCUUGUGAUGACGCUGCUUGGGAGGCUAGGACUGAGCAGGAAUGCCGUGAUGCGCUGGGUCUGAACGGCCCAUCCAAGCUAAUUCGCAACGUUUGCGGCAGUCAACGACCUCGCCAGCCUGAUAUGAGAAGCGCCAUGCGAGGUCUGAUGGAGCCCAACUAUACCUUCUCGUCGCGAUCCACCAACAUCUACUCCAAGUUCAUCCUCAUUCAUGCGCUUCUUGUUCAGAUCUGCAAACUCCAGAGGUCAAGCUUCUUGCAGAACAUUACGGGCCAGUUCGGCCAUGGUGCUACGGCGAGCGGUCCUGGUACUCCACUUGGGCAGAACGAUUGGAUUACUUCAGACGGUAACAGCAAUGCUGGCACUCCUGGUGACACGCCACAGGCCCAGAACGCGCAGAUCCAACCUGUCCUCAAAUCCAUUCAGCUCGCCAUGAGCAAGUGGAAGUCGAUCUGGGAUAUGGACAUAGCUAUUCAAUACCCACAAAACGGUAUCGGCUACCGUCGUUUCGGCUUCUCCAGGGACGGAAUUCACUUUUUCUACCUCGGUCAAUCGUUGUUGCGCUCGACAAAGGCAUCAGAGUGGACGGCACCACCAGAUCUUCGCUUUUUGCAGAUCAUGGGUCUACUGAAGAAGAUCAAGGGCUUUGUCUCAAAUGAAAACACCCAGGGCGGUCUGGAUACUGGCUCUGUCGGCGAUAUUGAUGAUACUUAUGGAGUCGGGGACCUUACACUUGACAUGAAAUUGCUGUUUAAGCCCAUGGGAGAGGCAGACAGCCCGAUAGCAGGUGUUCGAACGGAUACGAUACGAUGA